AUGCUGAAUUUAAUCCAGCUGAUAUUUAUGUUCUUUUUGACCAACAUUAGCACAACUGAUGCAGAGAAACUUUUCCAUAAUCGGGAUCACUCUGAUACGCAGACACUUAAUUCUCACAAAGCUCAGGCUAUAACAGACAAGUACACAGCUGAGUUAUUUCUCUCUAGAUAUGGAUUCAUCAAGCCAGUUAACUGGGAGGAGGUUCGGUUUGAGGAUUCAGACACUUCUUUCAGUGGUGACUUCCUUGACGAUCUUCAAGCCACAAUCCAGGAGGGAACCUCAGCGUCUUACUCGAGGGCUGCUCAUAGAGCUGCUGAUCAGCAGGGCUAUAACCGUCAAAAUGAGAACCAAGCCUUUAUUUCAGCACUUAAAGAGUUUCAGAGGGUUUCAGGUCUGCCUGUUACAGGGGUGUUUGAUGAGGCCACCAAGUUAGCAAUGAACAAACCAAGGUGUGGAGUCCCUGAUAAAGAGACUGCCAUUUCCAAUGACACCAGCGUGAAUUAUACAACGGAGCUUUUAAAGAUCACUUCCCUAAACAGCUCGCACGACAGCAGACCGGGCAGCCAAACGGGGAAUACCAGUGCGAACGCGCAUCAGAGUGAAACGGUGAGACGCAAGAAGGAAAAUCUCGCAAGUCUCAUAUCCAAAAGCAGGCGGAAGAGAGAUUUGACUCCAACUGGCCACAUGGCUUUUUCCAAGAAGGUGUUAAACUGGAGGCUGAUAGGAGAAGGCUACAGCAGCCAGCUGACUAUUGACGACCAGAGAUACAUCUUCAGACUGGCUUUCAGGAUGUGGAGUGAGGUGUCGCCACUGGAAUUUGUGGAGGAUACACAUGCCCCAUUGGAGGAUGUUGACAUCAGGCUGGGAUUUGGUACAGGAAGGCAUCUGGGAUGUAAUCAGAAGUUCGAUGGCACUGGUCAAGAAUUUGCCCAUGCUUGGUUCCUGGGUGACAUACACUUUGAUGAUGAUGAGCACUUCACAACUCCCAAUGUUGGCAGUGGAAUCAGCCUUCUCAAAGUAGCAGUUCAUGAGAUUGGCCAUGUUUUGGGUCUACCUCACAUAUAUAGACCCGGAUCCAUAAUGCAGCCCAGCUAUCUACCGCAGGAGUCCAGCUUUGAAAUGGACUGGAUGGACAGAAAAGCUAUACAGCAACUCUAUGGAGGCUGUAAAGGUCGGUUCAACGCGGUGUUUGAUUGGAUCAGAAAGGAGAAGACACCCUAUGGGGAGGUGGUGAUCCGCUUUAACACCUAUUUCAUGAGAGAUGGCUGGUACUGGCUGUAUGAGAACAGAAAUAAUAGAACGCGUUAUGGUGAUCCAGUUCCGCUGCAAACUGGCUGGCAUGGGAUCCCAAUGGAUGGAGUAGAUGCACAUGUCCAUGUCUGGUCCAGGAAAAGAGAUGCUGUAUAUUUCUUCAGAGGUGCUCAGUUCUGGAGGUAUGAUAGUGAGAACGACCAGGUGUUUGGACAAGACUCUGAAGGCCACCAUUAUCCGAGGUUAAUCUCUGAAGGAUUCCCAGGGGUGCCAAGUCCUAUUGACACAGCCUUUUAUGACAGGAGGGACUCCCACAUCUACUUCUUUAAAAACAAUCUUGUGUAUGCAUUCAGCGUGGAAGCCAACAACUUGGCAAGAGGCUCCCCAAAAAACAUCAGAGAUGUUUUCCCUCCUGUGGUGAACACAGACCAUCCAGAUGGCAACAUUGACGCUGCCUACUUCUCCUACACUCACAAUGCCAUCUUUCUACUCAAGGGCAUACGCUUCUGGCAAGUAGUGGGCAGUCGUGAUCGCCGGCGACGGCCCUUUCUGCCACGAAAUGGCCUGCUGCCACAUAAGGAGGUGGAUCAGCAUUGGUUUGAUAUCUGCAAUGUUCAUCCCACUGCACUCAAACUAACCCGCUGA